GGAGGGGAAGGGAGGGGAAGGGAAGGGAUGUCUUCUAUUCGGUACCGUGACUGUGAAAGUUAUUCGAAUGAAACACACCGCAGGAGGCACAACCGAGCCUGCUUACUUAUUGCUAUAAAAACAAUCUGACACCUGAACCUUUCUGACAUCUCCCUCUUUCUCUCUGUCGCCGUUGCGCAGUAAGUGCGGCGCGCGCCCGCCCGCCUCAGUCGCCUCUUUGAUCGUGUACCGCGCGCCUGGAGCCCCCCGGGCCGGAGCAGGUGUCCCGUGAGCGCGUGCCGUGCCGUGUGGCAGGUCCUCUGGUCGCACCAGAGCACGGCGAUGGAGGGCGGGGCCUGGGUCUGGGGCGAUGAGGUGCAAGCAGAAGAGAGGUGCGGGGCGUAUGUUGUCGCGGGCCUCAUCCUGGCCGCGCUGGCGGCCGCGGCCGGCCUGUGCCUGGUCACCCUCGUCUCCAGGGUGGCGGUCGGGGUGCGGGCCACGCGUCGCAUGCGGAGGGUCCUGGCGCCGAUGCCGGGCCCGGCCGCGCUGCCAAUCCUCGGCAACAUCCCGGAACUGUUGACCUCGCAGGACAAGUUCUGGACCAAGAUCACGACGCUCAUGUCGCGGUACGCGCCCACCUUCUGCUUCUGGCUCGGCCCCACGCCCUUCGUCGUCAUCACCGACCCCCGCGACUACGAGCACGUGAUGGGCAGCGCCAGGUUCAACGACAAGUCGUCGUGGUACCCGCUCGCCCGGGCCGCCCUGGGCACGGGGCUCAUCACGCUGAACGGCGAGCCGUGGCGCAGGCACCGCAAGGCCAUCGCGCCGUCCCUGCACCAGCACGUCCUCGUCCAGAACGUGGAGGUAUUCCGUCGCAAGGCAUGCGAGCUGUCGCACAUGCUGUCGCGCGCGGCGCGCUCCGCCGAGACCGUCGACAUUCUCGAGUUCUGCAACCUGGUGUCCAUGGACUCGGUGUGCGAGACGCUGCUGUCCGCCGACCUGUCGCACCACGGCGCGGCCCUGGGCCGCUUCGUGGACCUGACGACGGACGCGGCGAGGAGCGUGACGACGCGCAUCUGCAAGCCGUGGCUGCUGUGGGACAGUCUGUACGCGCUGACGAGGGCCGGCAGGACGGCGGCGCGCACCAUGCAGGAGACGGACGCGUUCAUCGACGGCGUCAUCGCCAAGAGGAAAGACGGGGAUCGAAAGGAUGCCGCUAAAGUAACCAAGCGGUCCUUCCUGGAGCACGCCCUGGCGAGCGAGAACCUGGCCAACCUCAUGACGGCCGAGGAGUGGCGCGAGGAGGCCAAGGCCAUGGUGGUGGCCGGCCAGGGCACGGUGGCGCACUGCCUCAGCUUCGCGCUCCUCCUGCUCGCCAUGCACCCCGACAGCCAGGAUCGCCUCCGUCGGGAGCUCGAGGACGUGUUCGGCGAGGACCCCGACCGGUCCGUCACGGAGCACGAGCUGCCCCACCUGCAGUACACGGAGCGCGUCAUCCUCGAGACGCUGCGCCUGUUCCCGCUGGUGCCCGUGUUCGGCCGGGACUGCCCCGAGGACGUGCAGCUGCCCAGCGGCCACGCCGUGCCGCGCGGCGCGCACCUCUUUAUGUUCCCCUUCCACACGCAGCGCGACCCUGCGUGGUUCCCAGAGCCCUUACGCUUUGACCCAGACCGGUUCCUGCCCGAGCGGGUCCGCGGCCGGCCACCGCUAAGUUUCUCCGCCUUCAGCGCCGGCCCGCGUUCGUGCAUCGGCCAGCGCUACGCCAUGAUGUACCUCAAGACGGUGCUCGCCACGGUGAUGCGGCGCUUCGCCGUGCACCGCGCGCCGGGCGACGUCAGGGGGGUGGCGGACUUGCCCAUUGAGAUCGGCGUCAUCCUCAGCCUUGACGGGGGCUUCCAAGUCCGAGUGUCGGAGCUCGGGGAUCCUCCCUCAAGCGCCCAAGCCGCCACCCGUCACAUCCACUGAAUCUUUGGUUUGAUGGCUGUGCUUCACUUUGACUUAUGCCUGAACUCAAUUUUUGUCUAGCGGGGCUUUACAAACAGAGGCCAUAUUGUUUGUCAAUUUUAGUUGGCCGCAUCUGCCCAUUCAUAUUCCCACUAAUGAAAAAUAAGCACUGAUAUGGACCAAGGUCUAUCGUAGCAACAAAAACAAACCAUUAAACGGCUCCGUCAAGUUGAAACUUGUUGAUCGAAAAGUGAAUCUACUGAUACCCCUUUGUACACACAAGUAGUUUUCUAUGUACUGUAGUAUUGGCAUGCGUACGGCUAACGGUGGUGGCCGCCUAUGACCGCCUCACCAAUUUCCAAUGUGGGGGCCACCGCGCCGUCUCGCAGAUCCCACAUGGUGUCGGUGUGGAGGGGGCCGUCCCGCCCCGCACGACUGAUGCGCACUGCGGGUGUGCCUAGCCCUCGUCUCACAGGGGCUCGAGCCUCUCCGCCCGCGGUACUAGACAUACAGACAACUGAUCAUUUUUCUAGAGGCAUCAAGGAUUCCAGGAUUCGAAAAUUUUUCCGAGGCCGUGAAGUAUAUGUGGCAUACGUGCAAAGAACUUGCGACAGAGCAAUGGGAAAUAACUGACACAUGUUUAAGCUGUUUAAGCUCUGCCGCCAAAAUACUAUUUUCGGAAUAUUUCAAAGAGGGCGGCGACAUUUGAACGCUGCGCCGCUGCUCAGAGGUUGUCCAGUUAAGACGGAUCCGUGCGGACCCGUGCGGACGCACACGGAUUGUGCGGAACUUUGCGGAAGCACGUUUUAAAAGGCAUUGGUGGGUCUAAAAAUGGUUGCAUAUGUGUUCACUAACAUAUGUUUGGAAAAAGGAACAUUGUUCUACAAAAAUAAUGCCACUUUUUAGCCAUAUGCUUAUAAAGUACAGUAAAACCUCCCGAGAAUAAAAUGGCUUAAAAGUGGCAUUACUUUUGUAGAACAAUGUUCCUCUUUCCAAAUAUA